GUAUCAAACAGCUGAACAAAUCAAUGAAAAAAAAAAAAAUACAAUACAAAAACCUCUGCAAAAGCAAUCAAACGUUGUUGUUUACUGGUACUCUUUAUUCUAGUUCCGCUGUUCAAAUUGUCCGAAACUUCUCACCAAAUCAGUUCCUUCUAAUCGAGUCAUUGGCUUGUAAUUCUAGUACCAUCCCGUUUCAAAUUUACCUCACUAAAAAAUUCCCUUUUAUUUUUUCUCUCUGCAAUUCCCUUUCUUCACUCCCUCUAAUCGAUUCUACAAACUGAAUUAUGAGUUGGAGAAGAGUUCUCAAGUCUUUGCAAGCAGUUUUAGCUCAUGGGUUCCUCUUCACUUUCACUCUUCUUCUCGCUCUAAAGCUUGAUCGAACGCUUCAUCAUUCUUGGUGGGUCAUUUUUCUUCCUCUCUGGUUGUUUCAUGUAGUAGUAGCAAGGGGUAGAUUCUCUUUACCUGCUCCUUCGAUGCCACAUGAUCGCCAUUGGGCACCAUUUCAUGCUGUCAUGGCGAUACCAUUGCUUGUUGCUUUUGAGCUACUUCUCUGUAUAUAUCUCGAGAACCAUGAUGCUGUGAAUCUGAAGAUUGUAUUUUUGCCCUUGCUAGCAUUUGAAACAGCAAUUUUGGUUGAUAAUGUUAGGAUGUGCAGGGCUUUAAUGCCAGGGGAGGAGGAAAGCAUGAGCGAUGAAGCAAUAUGGGAAACCCUGCCUCACUUUUGGGUGGCAAUCUCCAUGGUCUUUUUUAUUGCUGCAACAAUCUUCACUCUGUUGAAGCUGUGUGGUGAUGUUGCUGCUCUUGGUUGGUGGGACUUGUUCAUUAACUAUGGUGUUGCAGAGUGUUUUGCCUUUCUUAUUUGCACAAAGUGGCAUAAUCCUGCAAUUCAUAGACGUUCCCAUGUUAGACCAGCCAGCUCAUCUGCAGCAACAGUUACGCAUCUAAGCUGGAAUAGUGGAUUAGUAGUAUCCUCAGAUGAAGAUUAUCAACAGAGUAGGCUGUGCAGCUUGCAGGACAUUGGUGGGCAUGUGAUGAAAGUUCCUCUAAUAGGUUUCCAGAUCCUGCUUUUCAUGCGCUUAGAGGGAACACCAUCCAGUGCUAGACAUAUACCAAUUCCAGUCCUCUUUGCUCCCCUUUUGUUGCUGCAAGGAGCUGGGUUUUUAUUUGCUAUCUAUCGCUUUGUGGAGAAACUUAUUAUGCUCCUGCAUAGUGAUACUGGUGCAGGAAUCUAUUUUAGGAUAUCCACACCUGUUUGUAAUUAUUUGGGGUUUAUGCAUCAUGGAUCAAGGUUGUUGGGUUGGUGGUCAAUUGAUGAAUCAAGUAGCGAAGAGCAAGCACGCCUUUAUUAUGCUGGAACAUCAGGGUACAGCACAUUCUCACCCGAUGCUGUAAAGAAAAUGCCAAAAUCUGAACUGGCCGAGGAGAUAUGGAGGCUACAAGCAGCAUUGAGUGAGCAAACAGAGGUCACUAAGUUUAGCCAGGAGGAGUUUGAAAGACUUCAAAAUGAAAAAAUUCUAUGUAGAGUUUGCUUUGAGGAGCAGAUAGAUACAGUUCUGCUUCCUUGUAGGCAUCACAUUCUUUGCAGCUUCUAUAGACAAAUAUAAUACAUCUUGCUAUCAAAAGAAGACCAGUUGUACUCACCAUUUUGCUCAUGUAAUCAGCACCUGCAGUGAAAAGUGCAAAAAGUGCCCUGUGUGCCGUGUAUAUAUCGAGGAACGCAUGCCUGUAUAUGAUGUGUAGCUUGUCUCUGUUAGCGGGAAUAAACCAAGGCAUCUUCCUGUAGCUUGGCUUUGUUGUCCUAAGUCUCAGUUCAAUGAUGUGUUAAUUAGAUGGUGGCUGCAUUUUUGGCCAGUCAUGUCGCCACAGGUUUUCCUAUGACUCAUCAAGUGCUAGUAUAUGUGUAUAUAUUGAAGCCUAAUAGGUAUAAUGCACCAUUGAUGUUGUAAAGAAUUCCGUCUAUGCUGCUGGUAUAAUAGAGUAUGUGGCCAACUACUCCUAGAGUUAAAGGGGAAAGGAGUACAUAUUAUGAAGGGAAAAGGGGAAAAAAAAGGAAAAAGCAAAAACCUUUGAGGCUUUUGAGUAUACUUAUCAAGCUCUCAAGGGUGUGAUGGUAUUUGCUGCAGAUGCUUCUAUUUCAUAAGAGGUUGUUACUACUGCUA